AAAGUUCAUUUGCUUUUGAAACAAUAUGGCCGCUCACAUGGAGUUUCGCGAAGGUCUACAUCACUGAAACCUCCAUUCGUUUAAAUUUCUCUCGCUAUAAUUUUGACAGUGACUGUUAUCUUUCCACAGCUAGGGUUUUCCACGGUCAUCUUGCACUUUACGCUUCUUGUUCUUUUUUUUGUUUUGUUGUUGUUGUAUAUUCGGUUGCCGCGGUGGUUUGUCUUGUCGCUACACAGUCAGCGGUCAUGCCGGUGUCCGUGAAGAGCCUGCAGCAGAUGGCCAUCUUCGUGACCGUGUUCACCGGAGGGGGAUGCUCCAUGAUGUAUUACCUUAUGCAAAAGAACUUUGCCAGGUCGGAGUAUUACCGCCUGGCGCUGGAGUGCCUCAAUGAUCACCCCGUUGCCAUGGAUAGCCUGGGAGCCCCGCCCCUAAAGGCCCACAACAUCCGUCUGACGGACCGACACAACCGCAUCGACCACACCCGUGCUCAGAUUAAAAUCCCAGUGACGGGGUCUAAGACUGGUGGUUAUCUCUACACUUCCUCAUCCAAAAAUAACCCUUUGGACAGGUGGCAGCUCCAGGAAGCGGUGCUCCAGCUGAGGGACGGGCGGCGGAUCGACGUCCUGGCGUCCGGCGGGGAGGGCUCGGAGCUCGCAGGGGAGGAGGGAACAGAGCCCGGAUUUUUAGCCUUUUAGCCUGUCUCUGCCGGUCUGACCCCGGGUGAGAACAUCCAAUCCCCCGGUCACACGGAGAAGGGUAACCAGAAGGAUUAAAAUGUCGAACACGAACAUUUAACGAGCUGCCAAAAUAGUGCCAUGUAAAUAAAAUGUAAAUAAAAUUUACGGGUCUGAUGUCAGAAAGCAAUUUAAAAA